CAUUUUAGCCGAUAAAAAUACCCACCCACCCUUAAAUAAACACCUUCACUAGUCUUACAAAAAUCUCAUAUGAAUAUAUAUUAUUGUACAUAAUAUAUAUAGGUAUACUAUAUGACAUAAAUCCGAAGCAUUCUUGUACAAAAAUUGGUUAUUAUCAAUGGCAGAGUUUGAGAAUCCUAAUGAAAUGCCAAAGCUUAUAUCUUUUCUCUCUUCUCUACUCAAAAGGGUAUCUGAAUCAAAUGACAUGAACCAACAACUUGUACAACAAAAGAACUCAGUUUUCCAAGGAUUAACUCGCCCAACAAUCUCAAUUCAAAGCUACCUUGAGAGAAUAUUCAAGUAUGCUAAUUGUAGUCCAUCAUGUUUCAUUGUUGCAUAUGUUUAUCUUGAUCGUUUCACUCAAAGACAACCCUCUUUGCCUAUCAACUCACUCAAUGUGCAUCGAUUACUCAUUACAAGUGUUAUGGUGGCUGCUAAAUUCAUGGAUGACAUGUACUACAACAAUGCUUACUAUGCAAAAGUUGGAGGAAUCACCACUAUAGAGAUGAACUUUCUUGAGUUGGAUUUUCUAUUUGGUUUGGGGUUUCAUUUAAAUGUAACACCAAACACUUUUCAAGUCUAUUGUGUUCACCUCCAAAGUGAAAUGAUGAUGAUGCAACCUCUAAAUUUUACAGAUUCUUCCUUAAGUUUAGGAAAAUCACUAAAGACCCAUUUAUGCUUUAAUGAAGAUGAAUCUUCACAUAAAAAACAACAACAAUUAGCUGUAUGAAUUUUUUUUCCUUCUUGAUUCAUGUAAUACUAGUUGUAGAGGCUAUUGAACCAAUUAAAGACUUGUGUUAAUUAAAUUGUUUUACUUGUGGUCUUCACUUACAUAUUUUUGUCUAA